AUGGAUCUUGAGUUGAGAGUCUCGGAUUUAAUCUCUGAACAUGGAGAAUGGAUGGAGAACAAAGUUCAUGAAUUAUUUCCUCCAAAUGAUGCGGUCAAAAUUUUGGAUAUGCCGAUUGGAAGAGUUCCUGACAGACAUAUAUGGGCUUACACUGAUGAUGGUGCUUAUUCGGUUAAAAGUGGUUACUGGUUGCUCGCUAAUCAUCCACAUCUAGCUCAACCUCCCGUGUCGCUGUUAUGCAGCCAGUCUUCGGAGUCUAUUAACCAUGUGCUUUUUCAAUGUGAAUCAGCCAGGGCUAUUUGGGAUCUUUCGCGGCUUAAUCUCCCCUCGAAUGGCUUCUCGAAUUCCCUUGAGAACAAAAAUGCCUUCCUUUUCUCAGGUAAUCAGGAUUCGAGUGCUAGAAUCAUCCAAGUGGCUAAUGAUGAAGCAAAAGCUUGGAAAGAGGCUAAUAACUUAGUCGACACUGAAGAUGCUUGCAAAUGGCAACCUUCGCCGAAUGGAAAGCUCAAGUGCAAUCUAAAUGUUCAUUGGAGGAAUUCGAGGUUACAUUGUGGAGCUGCUUGGAUCGUCCGAGACCACAUGAGUUAUGCUAUUUUUCAUGCUAGAGAUGCUUUCACCAAAGCGCCCAAUAGAACUAUAGCGGAACUCAAAGGUGUAAUUUGGGCGAUCAAAAGCCUUCGUGAUUUGAGAUUGGAGAAUGUGGUACUAGCAUUAGAUUGUAGAAAGGCUUUUACAGCUAUAAUGAAUCUGGCCAAGAUACCAUGUGCUCACAGAUCAAAUUUACAGGUUGCAGCAGGGCUGGGGCAUUGUAGGUUUUGA